AUGCGCUUCUCUAUUCUUUCCGCCGCUUUCGCCUGUGGUCUGGCGGUUUUGGCCAGCCCGACUGCUAGAUCUGCAGACCUGGCCGCUGCAGAUGAGAUGCCUGCUCUUGCCAAACGUGUUGGUGACUGUACGCAGUGCUUUCUCCAAGGCACAAAUUACGUCUGCUGGUGCCGAACGCGCGGGGGCGACAUGGCCCAGACGGCUCUAGAUCUGAACAAGUGCGUUACCAACAACAAUGGUAUCCUGCGUGCGGCCGAAAAGUAA